AUGGCACAUAAUCGACAAAACUCUACGGCACCUUUUCGAGUUCCUAGACCAACCACCCAUUUAGAUGUAGAGGAAAUAAGCUCAACCCAAGUGGAUCCUAAUUCUAGGACCCGUCAUGUACGUUGGAGUGAUGCAAUGGAUGGAUGUAUGAUAACUGCACUAUUACAUCAGCUGCUGACUGGUCACAAAAGGAGUGACAAUGACUUUUCAUCAUAUCACGUGUCCAAAGCAAUUGAGAGGGUGUACAACGGAUGUGGAGUUAUGGUUUCAGAAAAGAAUGUAAGGGCAGGAUUGAAGGCUCUAAAAAAGGAAUAUGUUGAAGUUCGUCAGUUGUUAAAUAUGAGUAGUUUUGGGUUGGAUCCUGACACUGGACGUGUUACAGCAAAUGCACCUGGGAGGAGUUUCUGA